CGUCCGCCAAACGGGCUCAGAGCCCAGCGGCACGCCUUGGGGUCUUUUCUCUGACUUGGUAACCGCUACUCCAGGACACCGGACCACCGCUUUCCGUACUUAGGGGCCCACAUCCCACCCUCCAGACCUAAGAGCCUGAGUCCCCUGGUACCGCAGCUCCACUUCCCGGCCCCCAGAUCCUGGCGCCCCAGCCCUCAGUAUCCUAGACCCAGGCACCCGGGAUCCCUGCCUCCCGGAUCCAGGCGUCCCGGAUCUGCGCCUCCAGAACCCAGCCUCCUGCAGACCUCCCGCCAUCUGGGCGCAUUCAACCUCCUGGAACCAAGAGCCCCACCUCCCAGCCAAAGAAACUUGUAUUCCCAGGUCCCAGGGCCAAGGAACCCAGGCGCUCCGAACUCCCAGCUUUCGGGCACCUGACACACGGGGCAGAGCAGAGGAGCCCCAGCGCCCAGCCUGGGGAACUUCAGACACUCCGGCUUGAACUCACAAUUCUAAGGAACCCUGAAAAUUUCCAGUCUCCAGGUGCUGUUACUCAACUCUCAAUCCUAGGAACGUCGGGUCUUGGGAAGGAGCCCAAGCGCUCCCAGCCAGCUUCCAGGCGGAAACCCGGGUGCGUCCCAUCAUGGUGGCCGAUCCUCCUCGUGGAGACUCCAAGGGGCUCGCAGCUGCAGAGCCCACCGCCAACGGAGGCCGGGCUCUGGUCCCCAUCGAGGACGAAGGCGGGGCAGCAGGCGGCUGCUGCGGUUCCCGGGACAAGGUGCGGCGCUGCCUUCGAGCCAACCUGCUGGUGCUGCUGACGGUGGUGGCCGUGGUGGCCGGCGUGGCGCUGGGGCUGGGGGUGUUGGGGGCCGGCGGCACGGCGGCGCUGGGCCCGGAGCGCUUGGGCGCCUUCGUCUUCCCGGGCGAGCUGCUGCUGCGCCUGCUGCGGAUGAUCAUCUUGCCGCUGGUGGUGUGCAGCUUGAUCAGCGGCGCCGCCAGCCUGGACCCCAGCGCGCUCGGUCGCCUGGGCGCCUGGGCGCUGCUCUUUUUCCUGGUCACUACGCUGCUGGCGUCGGCGCUUGGAGUGGGCUUGGCGCUGGCGCUGCAGCCGGGCGCCGCCUUCUCCGCCAUCAACGCCUCGGUGGGAGCCUCGGGUAGUGCGGAAAAUGCCCCCAGCAAGGAGGUGCUCGAUUCGUUCCUGGAUCUUGCGAGAAAUAUCUUCCCUUCCAACCUGGUGUCGGCAGCCUUUCGCUCAUACGCUACCACCUCCUACGAAGAGAGAAAUAUCACCGGAACCCUGGUGAAGGUGCCCGUGGGGAAGGAGGUGGAAGGCAUGAACAUCCUGGGCUUGGUAGUGUUUGCCAUUGUCUUUGGUGUGGCACUGCGGAAGCUGGGGCCUGAGGGGGAGCUGCUCAACCGCUUCUUCAACUCCUUCAAUGAGGCUACCAUGGUGCUGGUCUCCUGGAUCAUGUGGUACGCCCCUGUGGGCAUCAUGUUCCUCGUGGCUGGCAAGAUCGUGGAGAUGGAGGACGUGGGUUUACUCUUUGCCAGCCUUGGCAAGUACAUCCUGUGCUGCCUGCUGGGCCAUGCCAUCCACGGGCUCCUGGUACUGCCCCUCAUCUACUUUGUCUUCACUCGCAAAAACCCCUACCGCUUCCUGUGGGGCAUCGUGACGCCGCUGGCCACUGCCUUUGGGACCUCGUCCAGUUCCGCCACGCUGCCACUGAUGAUGAAGUGCGUGGAGGAGAACAAUGGCGUAGCCAAGCACAUCAGCCGCUUCAUCCUGCCCAUUGGCGCCACCGUCAACAUGGACGGUGCCGCGCUCUUCCAGUGCGUGGCCGCAGUGUUCAUUGCGCAGCUCAGCCGGCAGUCCUUGGACUUCGUAAAGAUCAUCACCAUCCUAAUCACGGCCACAGCGUCCAGCGUGGGGGCGGCGGGCAUCCCCGCUGGAGGUGUUCUCACUCUGGCCAUCAUCCUCGAAGCAGUCAACCUACCAGUCGUCCAUAUCUCCUUGAUCCUGGCUGUGGACUGGCUAGUGGACCGGUCCUGUACCGUCCUGAAUGUAGAAGGUGAUGCUCUGGGGGCAGGACUCCUCCAGAAUUACGUGGACCGCACAGAGUCGAGAAGCACGGAGCCUGAGCUGAUACAGGUGAAAAGUGAGCUGCCCCUGAGUCCACUGCCAGCCACCACUGACGAAGGGAACCCCCUCCUCAAACACUAUCGGGGGCCCUCAGGGGAUGCCACGGCCGCCUCUGAGAAGGAAUCAGUCAUGUAAACCCCGGGAGGGACCUUCCCUGCCCUGCUGGGGGCACUCAUUGGACAUUGGAUUAUGAGGAAUGGAUAAAUGGAUGAACUAAGGCUCUCGGGGCCUGCCUGCACACUCUCGGAUGCCAGGGGCCCCGGCCCGCUCCAGGACAGGAGAUCUGGGACGCCUGGCUGCUGGAGUACAUGUGUUCACAAGGGUUACUCCUCAAAACCCCUAGUUCUCACUUUUCCCCAACUCAAGUCUAAGUAAUAGCAAGAUGGAGAAAUAACGGCCCCCUGCCUCCUCACCACAACCUGCCUGGCCUUCCGUGUCUAAGAGAGCAGGUCCCAGGUCACCGUGGGGAAUUCUAGCCCCUACUAGGGGGAUGUUUCAACACCAUGCUGGUGAUUUUGGUGGCCGUAGUUGUGUGUAUGUGUGUAUGUGUGUGUGUGUGUGUGUAUACAUCUGUGGGGUGUGUUCUGUGACCUCCCAUCUCCAGGGUACAUCCCACCCUGUCCCCAGAUCCCCUAUUCCCUCCAUAAUAACAGAAACACUCCCAAGGACUCUGGCAAGAGAGUGAGGACAGAUAACUGCUGUCACUCCAGAAGACAUUUUUUUAAUCAAUAAAAUUGAGUGUCAACUAUUUAA